AUGACACGCAUCAGAGCAUAUCAUACUAUUGAUCGUCUUUCUACAAAUGUUCUCUUAAUUGCUCGUGAUAAGACAGUUGAUCUAUAUGAUCCUAUAAAAGAAAAAAUCAAUAGUACUAUAAAUAUGAAUAUACCUUGUGCCUGGCAUAAAUCGUCAACGAUUAAUAUUUCUGGAAAUAUAAAAACACUGCUUUCUGGUGGAGUUCCUGGUAAUUGGUCAUCGGCUUUUCUAUCAUCUGCUAAUUUGUUUGAUAGUUCGAACAAUACGUUUAUUCUAAGACACAUGUCAGUUGCUAGAUAUUAUCAUACAUCAACAUCAUUACCGAAUGGUAAUAUUCUCAUUGCAGGAGGACAGACGAUGGGUAAUGGUGUUCUCAAUAGCUUGGAAUUGUUCAAUAGUAGUUCAAAUUCGUUUGUAACUAUUGCUGCAACAAUGUCUAAUAAUCGUUACUACCAUACAGCUACUUACAUUCCUUCUAUUCAAUCAAUUCUUUUUGCUGGUGGUUAUAUUUCAGGCAAUAUAAAUACAUACGAUUUAUUUAAUGUAACAACACUUACAUUUGUUCGAAAUGGUACAUUAAAAUAUGCAAGAUGUGCUCAUACAGCUACUCUACUAAAUGAUGGACGAAUUUUACUUGUUGGUGGCUAUCCUUCUAUGAAUCAAGUGGAAAUCUUUAAUCCAUUAACAUUUACAUUUAGUGUAGCUGCUAAUUUAUCUACAGGUCGUAGUUAUCAUACGGCUACUUUACUAGAUCAUUCGGGUCAAGUUCUUGUUUGUGGUGGUGACGGAGCAUCGGGUUAUCUUAAAACUUGUGAACUUUAUCAACCAUGA